AUGCAAUCUCCUCCGACGUCCCCUCCGACGUCUCCACCGACGUCACCAACGUCCCCGAUUCCCGCCAACUUUCUGAGUGUUCCACGUACACGACAAACUCGGUCGAAAAGUGUGCCUCAUGCACGACAAGUACUCAUUGAUAUGGUUCAGACGACUGAACGGAAUCUCGAGGCACCGUUUCGAAGUAUUCUGUGGCAAAAGUAUGUGAUGGAGAGACCCAAGGUAACCGAACUAAAAUGCUCAGAAGUGCGUUGGUUCUACCAGGAGCCGAAAGGCGCAUCAUGGACACCGUUCAACGGUCGUGACUCGAUAAUGCUGGAAAUAAAGUAUAGAAAAGAGAAGAGAAUCGAGUUGGACGAGACGAUUCAGACGAUAUACGAUGAGUCGUUGAGCCACUAUAAAAUGGACGCGGCGGACGAGUCGGAGCCAGAAAAUGGAGGAGCAGAAGGGAGUCACCAGCAACAGGAAGAGAAACCAAUGGUUGUGGUGCUCAACGGACAGUAUCGAGUGAAUAAAGAGAAUACACGAAUCGAUCCGAUCUAUUGGAAAGAGGAUUCGAAAGAGAUCAGACGGGGGACAUGGUUCACACCCGACUAUCAACCACUUGAAAUGCCGCUUUCCGAUUCGAUUGAAAAGAAUCAUUUGCAGUGUUUCAGGAAUCAGAUGAUUCCCGAGGGGACGACGGUGUUCUCUAAGUCGGAGACCAGUAAUAAACCGGUGCUCGCCGAGCUCCACGUCGACGGCUACGAUAUCCGAUGGAAUUCAGUGAUCGACAUCUCUCUCCAUCAGAAAGGAAAUGCAAUUUUGAGAUAUUUAUGGGCGAAAACGACACCACUCCGUCGUGGAUAUCAUCUGGAGGGCGAGUGGCACGAUGCCUCCGCCGAAAUCUCUCAUCUCAUUCUCGUCGUUCACGGCAUCGGACAGAAGGGAUACGAGAAUUUGAUCGCUCAGAAUGCUAAUCAAGUCCGUGACGGUGUGGUGGCAGCAAUGGAGAAAUGUUAUCCGGAUGAGAAGUCCCGCCCAAUGUUCCUUCCAGUCGAAUGGAGAUCUUCAUUGAUUCUAGAUAACGGACUCACUGAUAAUAUCACAAUUCCAAAAAUGAGCAGUAUGAGAGCAUCUCUGAAUAGUACGGCGAUGGAUGUGAUGUAUUAUCAGAGUCCUCUUUUCAGAACUGAGAUCGUUCGCGGCGUGGUGGCUCAACUCAACCGUACCUACAAACUCUUCAAAGCGAACAACCCGCAAUUCAACGGUCACGUCUCGAUAUUCGGUCACUCACUGGGCUCAGUGAUAUGUUACGAUGUGCUCACUCAAUACUCACCUCUAAUGCUCUACGACAAAUAUGUCACCAAGUCGAUAGACGAGUAUCUGGAAAAGAAUCCACAAGAGACGACGACAGCGGACACACAAGGCGCACGGACUGCCCUGGAAUCGAUGAAACGGUCGAGAGAGCAACUUCGUGAGCACAUGGAAGGAGGCAUUCAUAAGUUAUUGGUUACCAAUGAGGAGCAAUUGAAUUUCAAGGUUAAGUAUCUCUUCGCAGUUGGCUCUCCACUUGGAGUUUUCUUGACGAUGAGGGGCGGAGCGUCGACGGAUUUGUUGUCGAAAACGACGAAUGUGGAGAGAGUGUUCAAUAUAUUCCAUCCGUAUGAUCCGGUGGCGUAUCGGUUGGAACCAUUCUUCACGCCCGAAUAUAAACAUAUUCGACCGAUUAAAUUAUUCUCCAACGCCGACUUGAGAGGACGUGCCUCCUACGAAGGCCUCCCAUUGGACGUCUACAAACAUUACUUGAAAAAGCUGAAGAAUCAGAAUAAGGCGAAAAACAAGAAAGACGCUGCCGACGCGAAAAGCGGAGGCGAUGAAGACGUCGACGAAGAGGACGAAUGUGAUUCAGAUGAGGACGCCCGUAGCGGUUGCUCCUCCCCUCGAUCGAUGACUCCGCCCCCACCGCCGUGUGACAUCACGGCAGCCAAUAAAGAGCCGAAAGCGGUGGUGAAAAAGGGAUGGUUCUCGUUUGGAAGCUCUAAUAAUAAUCCGAAGAAAACGCAGAGCUCGGCGAGCCUUCAAUCCGUUCAGGCCACCUCUACGGAGCAUAUCGAAGUGGGGAAAGAGGCGGCUGAGGAGUUACCGUUGGCUGAGAGGAUAUUGGGGUCGGGCGUUCGGGUGCCGCAUAGAAUCGAUUUUCAGUUGCAGCCGGCGCUCACCGAAAAAUCCUACUGGUCAGUGCUGAAAUCUCACUUUGCCUACUGGACAAACGCCGAUCUCGCCCUCUUCUUGGCAAACGUGCUCUACUGCAAACCGGCGAAACCCGAGGAGGCGAAACCCACAUGGGCUUAA